GAUCAUUGUGCUCCCGCAACGAUACGUUUGCUAACAAACGUAGCGGAAAAUGGAGACAAUGAAGACCAGCAGCCGGCCCGAGAGUUCAGCUUAUCAGCUGUUGUUCAAAGGCCUAACACUUAUUCCCAUCACUAGCUACAUGUUAAUAGCAUUUGUAGUUUUUAUGAUAUUUUUGUAUAAUCUAUUUGAAGUGCAUAUUAUAGAUGACAUGUUUAGUGGUUUUAGAGGUAAUUAUGUGUCUCUUACAUUUGAUUCAUCUUCGGAUUUAUAUCGAGAAGUUGUAUCCAAAUGCCACCUCCUGCAUGGAAGAUACUUUUCGACUUUAUGGCUUUCUAGUCCACACCUUCAGACAGUAUUAUUGAAUCAUUUGGCAAACACUCCUAAAAUCAUCUACAAAAGAGAGCUAUUUCAUUGUUCAGAUGGUGGAACGGUAGCUUUGGACUGGCUGAUGAACUUUGAUGACACAAGAUACCAAGUUAAUGGAAGUAAACCAGUUUCUAAGGUGGUUCCCGUCGUUAUAGUAGUUCCUGGUUUAACGGGCCAUUCUGAGUCUCCGUAUAUAAAACACAUUGCAUACAAGAUGGCUAAAAAUGGAUGGAAUGUUGUUAUAAGCAAUCAUCGGGGACUUGGAGGCGUACCACUCACUGCUGAUCGCGUCUAUACUGCCGGAUGGACAGAUGAUUUACGUGAAGUUGUAAGUCACCUUCGCCGUAGCCAACCUGAUACUCCUCUUUUUGCUAUUGGAACUAGCAUCGGUGCCAAUAUUCUGGUUAAGUAUCUCGGAGAGGAUGGGGUUGAUGUCCCAUUUGUUGGGGCUGCAGCCAUAAGUAACCCGUGGGACCUUUUGAUGGGUGACAGAUUCAUGGCGAGAAGGGUUGUGCAAAGAUUUUAUAAUAGAGUUUUAGCAAAUGAUUGUAGAAAUGUUGCCAAACUGCACCCGGAUGUCUAUGCUCGUAUUGGAGAUUGGGAAGGCAUUGAAAAGGCACGUUCUAUUGGAGACUUCAAUAAUGCUACUGCUCGAAUUGCUGGAAAUUUUGAUACCCUUGAUGCUUUUCAUAGAUGGGCUAGCAGUGUCCGUCUGGUGAUGAAUGUAAAGGUGCCACUUCUCUGUAUCAACGCCAUAGAUGACCCUGUCUGCACGGAAGAAGCCAUUCCGUUUGAUGAGUGUCGCAAGAACAAAAAUAUUGUUCUCGCGACCACACAACAUGGAGGACACCUAGGAUUUUUCGAAGGGAUGUCUGGGAAGAACUUAUGGUGGGCGAGGGUCGUUGAAGAGUACUUUUCUGUUCUACAUUCAAGCUCAUUCAUCAACAAAAACAAGAUGCAACAAAAUUUCGAAGUAUUGCCUGCUGAGACUGUAAAAUCCAUGGAUUUACAUCCAUGAGACCAACAAGAAAUCAAUCAAUCUAGCUGGUCAAACCAAGAAAGAAGCAGCAAUUUCAAGAGCCAUGAAAGCUAGGAAGAAGGGGAGACAAAUAAUAAUUCCGAAAUGAAAGUUGUGAGUUUGUAUUCAUUUUAACAUGUUGUAAUAAGGAGACUAGUGAAUAUGAAUUGUGGUCUUGUUAGUUUGAUCACACCUUGUUAUUGCGUUGGUAGCUUAGUGGUAAAAGAUAUAUCUUUAGUCCCUUAUAUAGUAAAAGACUUAUUUUUAUUUUUAGAAAAUUCUGUCUUUGAAUUA